CAAUAUUUACAAGCUGUGUUGAUGGCCAAAAAUUGGCUUCGCGUGUUCGCAAAUCGACUUGAUUUGAUGAAUUAAAUAUCGACAACAAAUAAUCCACGAUGGAUACGGAUCGUAGCACUCAAGUUCUUAAGACACCGCUUGUUUUGUGGAUUCGUACAUUUUCUGCUACGGCCGUAGCUGAUUUGACAGACUUAGUCGAUGGCUACUUGUUGAAUAAAGUUAUGACUGAAAUAGAUCCGACCUAUUUCGGGCUGACUCUUGUCCAUUCUAACGUGUACGCUGAUAUAAAUCUGCGAAUUCACAACUUGGAGCAUUUACUACGGAGUUUAAAAAAUUACUACAAGGAGAAACUCCAGCAAGUGAUUGUGAUGGACAGUCCUGAUGUUUUUGUCAUUGCAAAGGAUCCUGAGAGUGAUGAAAGUAUUGAGGAGUUGAAUAAAAUUUUGUUGCUCAUUCUUGGAUGUGCUGUUCAGUGCGAUAGAAAGGAUUUUUUCGUCGAGAAAAUAACGACGAUGGACGAAAGUAUCCAGCAAGAAUUAGUUAUUCCUAUACGCGAGAUAACGGAGAAUUUUGACAAAGUGUUUUCAUUUCAACCAAGCGAGGUUGCUGCAUUGUCACACGAUGAUCUUCUUUCAUAUUGUGGGCACAUGUAUGACCAGAUGAUUCUACUGGUUAAUCAAAGGGACGCUAACGCUGAGGAAAUACAUCAGCUGCUUGCAGACAGGAUCUUCAUGACAAAGGAGGUGAACGGGAAUGUUUCUCGGGUUGGUUCGCCCCCUCUCAGUCCCACCAACUCGGAUUUCAUCCAAGCCGAGAAAACGAAGCUUAAGAAAGCAACAGAAGAACUAGAGGAAAAGAACUUACUUAUUCAAGAACUUCGAGAUGAACUGGAGUCAAACAAAACGACCCUCGAGACUCUAGUUCAGGAGAACAAAAGCCUGAGCGAAACAUCACGAUUCGUAAACGCGUAUCGCGACCAAUUGGACGUGUUGAAGGUCAAAGCUGAGAAAGUAAAUAAACUCGAGAAUGAAAUAAUAAAAUACAAAGAAAAACUGAUGGAGAUGGAUGUUCUGAAGAAACGAAAAGAGGAACUUGAAGAGCAGAACGAACUUCUUUACAACACAAAAGCGGUUUUAGAAAAGCAAAUAAAUGCCCUCAAUUCGAAAGCGGAGAAACUAGCUGAGACGGAGCGUGAAGUGGGACGACUUAAGCAUGAUUUAAAAGAUGCUUUACAGGAAAAGAAGACCCUACAAACGAGAAAUAGACGUCUUCUUGAGGAGAAUGCUGUGGUGAUGUUGGAAGCCCAAAACAGUCUUGCUGAAGUAUCCAGUCUAAGCUCGGAAUUAAGUAUGGCAAAGGACAAAGAUGGUAAUGCCGAAGGUACUUGUUUAGCAAGUGAAUACAACCAGCUCUCAUCCACCCAGCUUCUGAAGUUGGAGAAUGAAAAUCAUCGCUUGAAGGUUAUAAUCGCUGAAUUAACACAACACAGGGAAAGCGCAGUGCCACAGACUAUGGUAUCGGAAGAAGCUGUUCUGCAAGGAGCUUACGAACAGACUACGGAACAUGACGAGGGCGUGUCGGAAGGAGCCGAAGUCAGAAUCGUUGAAAGACAGUCAAGUGUACGAAAGACGCUGCCAGCGAAGGACAGUGCGCUCAGCAUCGUUAGAGAAAAACUACAACAGAAAGAAGAGUUUGCCAACAAGAUUUCUGAAUCAUUAUCCACCAUGGAACAAGAAAACAGCGAACUUCAAGACAGGAUACAACAAGUUAUGGCACAGAAACGUCGAAGCGAUCAACUGAUUCAAAGGAAGAGCGAAGAUGUCACGGAGCUUGAAAGAAGGCUUGAGGAAGUCACUGCCGAAAGACAAAAAUGUGAGGCAACAUUACGACAGAAGUCGAGAGAAAUAAACGAACUCACCAACAAUCUAUCAGAAUUCAAGGAAGAUAAGGAAAGAUCAGUGGAAGCAAAGGAAAAGAAAACGAAAGACCUCAAUGAUUUAAAAGAAAGGAUGGAUGUCUUACUAUCUGAGAAAGAAAAGCUAGGAGAUACUUUAGUUACCAAAGACAAGAAACUUGUCGAUUUGGAGAACAGACUUCAGCGAGUCGAAGAAGCGAAUAAAGAACUUGUGCAGACAUUGGAAUCCCAACGUGAUAAAAUAUCAAGUCAGGAAAGAAGAGUGGCAGAAUUACUCUCGGCAGAGAAAGAGGAGGAAAGAAAAUAUUCGGAAACUAUUCGUGAAAAAGACAGAAGAAUCAAAGAGUUUGAAAGAAGGAUAAGUCAUUUGAUCGAAAUCGAAGCUGAACUAGAAAAACUGAAUUACACAUUAAAACAAAAAGAUCGAAAAGCGGACGGAUUUCUGAAAACGAUUGAAGAAAAAGACCAGGAAAUCGUGCGGUUGGAAAACAGAAUUGAAGACGAAAACAGCAAGAAUAACAAGUUGGUGUAUAAUCUUGAGCUACGGGAAAAGAAGGUCGAAUCUUUGGAACAAAGGUUGGAGAAAGUGGAAAGCAAAGCAGAGAAACAGGAGAGUAACGAUGACAAAAUACGACGAGAAAUUCUAGAAACAAAAGACGACAAAAUAUUGGAAUUAGAAAGCCGAUUGGAAGACGCGUUAACGCACUGUAAGAAACUACAGCAUACCCUCAAGGUGAAAGAUGAGAAGAUAGUGAGUUUAGAGACGAGGCUAGAGGAGGCUCACGUGUUUGAACUGGAAUGCAACAAGAUGACGAAUUCAAUUGACGAAAAGAAAAAGCGAAUUGCUUUGCUUGAAUCAAGCUUAGAUGAAGUAUCAGGUGAAAGUCAUAAAUUGUCCUGUGACUUGAAGUUGAAAGAGACAAAAGUAAAAGAUCUUGAAGAAAGGAUUCGUUCCAUGGAGAGUGAAAAACAUGAAAGCGAGAGAGUGCGUUUGACAUUAAAAGAAAAAGAGGACAAUGCGGUUUUCCUUGGUGAGAAAGUCAAAACGUGUAUGGAAGAACUUGCUGUACUUGAAAACAGGAUCGAGGAAGCAAACGGCCAGAACAGGAAGCUUCAACAUUCAGUUAAAAUAAAGGAAGACAGAAUUGCCAAUUUGGAAACAAGGUAG